UCUCACACUACUCAUCAAAAUCCGGACUUUAAGUAUCUUCAAAGCAGAGCAGCAGCAGAAACAGAAGAAACCAAAUCUCCAAACCUUCCAAAAUACAAAACCCAGAAAGAAAAAAAGGCAGACAAAAAGAAAAACCCAGAAAAAAAGAGAGAUUCCACAAUGGUGAGGACCAGCAACCACUUGAUUGGACUACUAAAUUUCGUAACUUUCCUCCUCUCGAUCCCCAUACUGGGCGGAGGAAUCUGGCUGAGCAGCCGCGCCAACAACACCGACUGCCUCAAGUUCCUCCAAUGGCCGCUCAUCGUCAUAGGGGCCGCAAUCAUGGUGGUUUCUCUUGCUGGGUUCGCGGGUGCGUGCUACAGGAACACCUUCCUCAUGUGGGUGUACCUGUUCGUCAUGUUCUUCGUCAUCGCCGCCCUCAUCGGCUUCAUCAUCUUCGCCUACGCCGUCACUGACAAGGGCUCCGGGAGGUCGUUGACGAAUAAGGCUUACAAGGACUACUACCUGCAGGACUAUUCCGGCUGGCUGAAGGACCGCGUGGCGGAUAAUGGCUACUGGAGGAAGAUUGCGUCUUGUGUGAGGGACUCAAAAACUUGUCAAAAGAUUGGGAGGAGUGUGAAUGGUGUGCCUGAGACUGCUGACAUGUUUUACAGCAGAAGGCUCAACUCUAUCCAGUCUGGCUGCUGCAAGCCCCCUACAGAAUGUGGAUAUAGCUAUGUGAACGAGACCGUCUGGACCACCGGAGCAGGUUUUUCCGGGACCAGUAAGGACUGCACACUGUGGAGCAAUGACCAACAGCAACUCUGCUAUUCCUGCAAUUCUUGCAGAGCCGGUCUCUUGGCCAGCAUCAGGAAGAGCUGGAGGAAGGUCUCUGUGGUCAACAUUGUUGUGUUGAUCAUCCUAGUUAUCUUCUAUGUGAUCGGUUGUGCAGCAUUCCGCAACAACCGCCGGAUUGACAACGACGAACCCUAUGGCGAGGCUCGGAUGACAAAAUCACACCCAAGUGCUUUCCAACUCUAAUUUUAGUGGUAGAGAAUUUAAUACGUGAAAAAACUAUGUGAAAAAUCUAUGUUAAGUUUUUCGGGGUUGCACUUAUAGGACUUACUUGUCUUAGUCAAGUGAGCAUUAUGAAUUUGGUUUGAAUUUCGAUAAUUUGGCUGUAUAUGUGAAUUAUUGGUACUCUAUAGCCUUGUAGACUCUAUUGACCAUCUGCUGGAGAGGAAAAAGGAUGCCAAUUUGCUUGA